AAGAUUAUAUGACAUGAUUACAUGUACAUACCUACCUAUCCAAUCCACAUAUGGAGAACAAAAAUAAGUUUCUAUUUUGGCCCGUAAAUAUGAGAAGAAGCCCCGAGAGUUUACUAGAACAUUCAAGCGUCCUAUAAAAGCACAGUUGGUCCCAAUUUUUGUCUGAAUCCGGAAGAAAUAAAAAAAAAAAUGGGUGUUCAUAAGGAAGAAGCGGAAACAUAUAAGAAUAAAGGCAACGAUGCUUUUAAACUGGAUAAAUAUGAAGAUGCGAUAUCGUUCUAUUCAAAAGCUAUUAAUCUCGCAGAAAAGGAUAGUCGAGAUAUGGCCACAUACUUGAAGAAUCGUGCUGCUGCCUAUUUGAAGACCAAUGAGUACAGUAAAGUUAUUCAAGACUGUGAUGAAGCAUUGAAGAUUGUACCCGAAGAUCCAAAAGCCUUAUUUCGACGUUCGCAAGCUUUGGAGAAUUUACAGAGAUACGAGGAAGCUUACAGAGAUGCAAAAACCAUAUUUACUGUAGAUCCAACAAAUAAAGCUGUACAACCAAUUUUGUCACGUUUGCAUGCCAUAGUGCAAGAACGCGCUCGACAAAACGCCCAAACGAGUAAUAAAGUGGAACAAAUGUUCAAGUUGGCCUUUAAUUUUAAUGAAGACAAAGAAAAACGGGAAAAAGCCAUAGGUAACCUUUUAGUGCUUGCAAAAGAAAACUCUGGUGCAGAUAUUAUGUUGAAAAAUGGUAUCGUACAUAAAAUACAACAACUGUUAAAGGUAGAGAAAAACACUGAUAUAUAUUGCAAUGCUGUUAGAAUUGUUAGUCAGUUGUGUAAAAGAAAUAUUGAUAGAACAAAAAAUAUUAUUAAAAUUGUCGGUAUUCCAUGGUUUUUGGAAAUCAUUGACAGUGAUAUUGAAGAAAGGGUGAAUGUGGCACAGUAUUGUAUUCAAGUCAUAUUAAAUUCAUUCUCUGGAAUGGAUAAUAAAAAAGAUACAAAACCUGAUGCAAAACUUUGUGAAGAAAAUAAAAAUGAAAUAGAAAUACUUCUCAGUUGUUUAACUUACUCUAUUACAAAUGCAGUUAUAACUGGUCAAGCAAGAGAUGCAAUUAUGGAACUCAUAAUGAGAAACUGUCAUUACAAUGCUAUCAACUGGGCAGAGAGGUUUGUAGAAAUCAAAGGACUGCAUAGGUUACUAGAAGUAUGUAGUGAACUGGAAGAAUAUAAAUAUGAGUCUGCAAUGAAUAUCACUCCAUCUUCAAGAACUAUUGCAGCCGCUUGCCUAGCCAGAAUAUAUGAAAAUAUGUAUUAUGAUCAAGCAAGAGAACGAUUCAACAAUCAAGUGGAUGAAUUUGUUAAGGACAAAUUAAUGUCACCUGAUCUUGAGUCUAAAGUAAGAGUUACAGUGGCCAUUACAUCAUUGUUACGUGGACCACUUGAUGUUGGAAAUUAUGUGAUUUCCAAGGAAGGCAUUCUAGAGAUGAUAUUAGUCAUGGCACAAACUGAUGACCCUUUACAACAGAAGGUGGCAUGUGAAUGCAUAAUUGCUGCAGCUUCUAAGAAAGACAAAGCUAGAACAAUCAUCAACAAAGGUGUAGAUAUUUUAAAAAAAUUAUAUCAGUGCAAAAAUGAUGCAGUAAGAGUCAGAGCUCUAGUUGGUCUUUGCAAAGUUGGCAGUUUUGGAGGUGAUGAUGCCUCUAUUAGACCAUUUGCUGAUGGUUCUACAAAGAAGCUGGCUGAGGCUUGUAGAAAAUUUUUGAUAAAUCCAGCAAAAGACAAUGAUGUAAGAAAAUGGGCUGCUGAAGGCUUGUCUUAUUUGACCUUAGAUGCAGAUGUUAAAGAAGCAUUAGUUGAAGAUAAAGCAGCUCUUCAAGCUCUUAUUGAACUAGCAAAAACUGGUGAUCAAUCUUGUUUAUAUGGUGUUGUUACUACAUUAGUCAAUUUAUGUAAUGCCUAUGACAAACAAGAAGUGAUACCAGAAAUGUUAGAGCUAGCAAAAUUUGCUAAACAUCAUAUACCUGAAGAACAUGAAUUAGAUGAUCCUGAUUUUGUUAAUAAAAGAAUUACAGUUCUUGCCAAGGCUGGUGUCACAACAGGGUUAGUAGCACUCUCUAAAACAAAAAGUGACAAUUCUAGAGAACUGAUUGCUAGAGUUUUCAAUAGUAUUUGCAGCCUACAAGAGUUAAGAGGUAUAGUAGUCCAACAAGGAGGAACAAAAGUAUUAAUACCAUUAUCUUUGGAAGGUACUCUCAAAGGGAAAAAACAGGCCGCUCAAGCCCUGGCUAGAAUUGGGAUAACAAUGAAUCCAGAAGUUGCAUACCCAGGUCAAAGGAAUUUAGAAGUUGUCAGGCCAUUAUUGGCACUUCUGCAUCCAGAUUGUAGUGCUCUUGAAAAUUUUGAGGCUAUGAUGGCUUUGUGUAACUUGGCUGGAAUGAAUGAGACUACUAGAAAUAGAAUUCUCAAAGAAGGAGGUUUAUCUAAAAUUGAGCAUUACUUAUAUGAAGAUCACACUAUGUUGCUUAGGGCAGCCACACAGUGUGUAUGCAAUUUAGUUUUAUCUGAAGAUGUAAUAAAAACAUAUGAAGGUAAUAAUGACAAAACUAAGUUUUUAUAUCUCUUGUGCCAAGAAGAGGAUUUUGAUACAGUAAUGGCUGCUGCAGGAGCUUUAUGUACUUUGACUUCAGUCAGCAAAAUUUGUUGCAGAAAAUUGUUGGAUUUACAGCCUUGGUUAGAAACAUUAAGAUGCCUUCUUGCAAAUCCAGAUAAAGAAAUACAAUACAGAGGUACUUAUAUAUUAUUUAAUAUUAUAAAUGGAGAUAAGGACAUUGCAUUUAAAAUAUUUGAAACUGAUGUAAUGGAGAUAUUAAUGGCUUUGACUAAGCUUGAGGAACCUGAACAAAAGAGAACCAAGGAACUUGCUCAGAAGUGUUUGAAUGCUGCUGAAGAAAUGGGUGUUAUACGGAAGCCUGAUGAAACACCAAUGAUGGAUCCAUUUGCAGAAGUUGAUAAUGAACAUUAAGAUAUGUAAUAUGUAUUAUUAGAAUGUGUAAUUUAAUAUUUAUUUAUUUUCAAAAACUUACAUUUAUUUAUAUUAAAAUGUUUUUAAUAAACAA